AUGCAGAUUACCUUCGCCCUCCUCUCCAACCUCCUACUUGCCUCCUUUGCGCUCGCCAUCCCCACGAGCGCUGAGCGGUACGCCGCGCGCCAGGCAGCACGCAACCGCUCAUCGAACCUCAUUCAGAAGGUCGAGGCUGCCGAUGCUAACGACGUCGUGCACGAGUCAUACUCGACCAACUGGGCCGGCGCUAUCCAGUCCAAGGCCGCUGGCACAUUCAAGAGCGUGACAGGAACGUUCACCGUCCCCAAGCCCUCCGGCUCUGGCGCAGCUUCCGCCUGGGUAGGCAUCGACGGCGCCUCGUGCGGCAGCGCGAUCCUCCAGACCGGUGUCGACUUCAACAUCAACAACGGCCAGGUCUCGUACGACUCCUGGUACGAAUGGUUCCCCGCCGGCGCCUACGACUUCUCCAACUUCGCGAUCAAGGCAGGCGACGUGGUCAAGCUCACCGUCACCGCGACCUCCAAGACCGCGGGCAGUGCCGUCAUCGAGAACGUCACGACCGGGAAGAAGGUGUCCAAGGCCCUGACGUCGUCGCACGCGCUGUGCGAGCAGGACGCGGAGUGGAUCGUCGAGGACUUUGAGGAGAACGGCGGGCUCGUGCCCUUUGCCAACUUCGGCACCGUCACGUUCAGCGAUGCGAGCGCGAGCACGGGGAGCGGGACGGUUACGCCCGCUGGUGCUAGUGUCAGCGAUAUUGAGCAGAGCGGGAAGGUGUUGACGCAUACGACGAUUAGCGGGAGUAAGGUUACGGUCAAGCACUCGUAA